AUGUCGAUUACGGCUGAGCAACCAGCAAUAAUUAAUGCGCUCAUGCCGUCGACACAAACGGUUGCUAGUUCCGACAUUCAUAUGUCGAAAGAAGUCCAGAGAAAUAUGCAGCAACCAACAAACAACAUGAAUUUCAUCUCUGACACAGACACGUGCGAAAACGAAAUGACUGUACCGAAAAUUGUGUCGGUACAAUCCUCAUUAAGCCCAGUGCAAUCGCCAAUUGCUGAGAAUACCGAUUUGUUAUCCCAGCUGAUGUCAAGUUUGACUGUCAUAACACAAGGGAUUAAAGCAUUGGAAACCACGCAAUCCACGUUUGCAAAUGACAUGAAUCGUAGAUUCCAGGCAUUGGAAACCAAGCAAUCUAAUCUUGCAACGACACAAUCCACGUUUGCAAACGACAUGAAUCGUAGAUUCCAGGCAUUGGAGAGUGCGCAAUUUAAUUUGACUCAGGAGCAAUCUAAUAAACUAAAAGAAAUAAAUGAUAAGAUUACUGAAAAAUUCCAGAGUUUGGAAACAAAGCAGAGUCACUUGAUUACCAGUCAGGCACAGCUCAUAGUUACACGAGAACAACUGUAUAAGGAAUUAACAAACAAAUACAAAGACAUCUUAUGUCGUCAAGAUACACUAAAUCAUCAAGUGCAAGAAGUUAUUCAUGUACAGAACACUAUUGCGCAAGACGUGAAUACAAUUAAGCACGAUAACGAGCAAGCUGUCAUUGAGCUUACUCGGAGGAUAGACACUCUCAGUCUCGAAGGCGAGAAACACAUAGAGAAACUUUUCAAAGAACAUAAGAUCGCAUUUUCUAAGGACAUUGAAGAUUGGGCGAAAGAGCAAACCGAGACAGUGGGAAAUUAUGUUGACAAAACCUUGAAAGAAACAGUUUCUAACGUGCAAGUUAACAACGAAGCUGCACAAGAACAACUUAAAGCAGAAGUUAAAGAGAUUAAGGAGAAUAUAUUAGAUGAAUUUCCUGCUUGGAAAGCAAAGAUAGAAAAUACAUUAAAAGCAUGCCAGCAGGGUCUAGUUAAUACUAGAGGGGCACAUACUACCUGCAGUUUAUCAAAAGCAGACAUUAUUCCUGGUGAAACCAGUGAAACCGAAUCCAUGCAACAAUAUCCAUGUAUUGGUGCAUAA